AUGGAGUUUAUGAACUCCAGGUUUAUUGAGGGGAGUGAGAGAGGUGUUAAGGUAACUGGAGGCUCCAGUGGAAUUGGAAAAUGUAUUGCUAUUGAAUGUUAUAAGCAAGGUGCUUUCAUAACACUGAUUGCAAGGGAUGAGAAGAAGCUGUUGCAGACAAAGAAGGAAAUAGAAAAGUACUCUGUUAAUGACAAGCAGGUUGUACUAUGUAUUUCUGUUGAUGUAUCUAAAGACUACGAACAGGUGGAGAAUGUUCUAAAACAGGCUCAGGAGAAGUUGGGGCCAGUUGACAUGCUUGUAAACUGUGCAGGAACAUCAGUUACAGGAAAAUUUGAGGAUAUUGAAGUGAAUUCUUUCGAAAGAUUAAUGGCAGUCAAUUAUCUGGGUAGUGUUUACCCGAGUCGAGCAGUAAUCGCGACCAUGAAGGAACGAAGAAUGGGAAGGAUUGUGUUUGUAUCAUCUCAGGCUGGGCAAUUAGGCCUAUUUGGUUAUACAGCUUAUUCUCCAACAAAGUUUGCUCUUCGAGGGUUGGCUGAAGCCCUGCAAAUGGAGGUAAAACCUUAUAAUAUCUACGUAACAGUGGCCUAUCCUCCAGAUACUGACACACCUGGCUUUGCAGAAGAAAGCAAAACAAAGCCCUUAGAGACGAAGCUAAUUUCUGAAACCUCAUCUGUUUGCCAAGCAGAACAAGUCGCCAGAGUUAUAGUCAAAGAUGCCAUACAAGGGAACUUUAACAGCUCAGUCGGAUCAGAUGGUUACAUGCUAUCAAUACUGACAAGUGGAAUGUCACCGGUCACUUCUAUUACUGAAGGUCUUCAGCAGGUUGUUUGCAUGGGCAUUUUUCGCAUCGUUGGCCUAUUUUACCUAGGAAGUUUUGACAGCAUAGUUCGUCGCUGCAUGAUGCAAAGGGAAAAAUCUGAAAGUGCAGAUAAAACUGAGUAAUCUUUUCUUUGAAUUGAAAGAAGAAUGUCAAAACAGUCCUGGACAGCUUGCUGCUUAAGUGGGACUCAGUUUUUCUCCUGAAGGAUUUAGACUGGAAGUACUUGCAUAUGUGACAGAUGAGUCCCCUCAAAAGCUAUGAAAGAAAACAAAAGUACAACUCCAGAAAAUGCCAAACUAUGCAAAAGUGUGAAUGAGGAUUGGAUUUUUUUUUUUGGUGGUUUGAGUUGGAGAGAAUAUGGGGAACUUGUAAGUGAUCUACAGAGUAGAAUUUGAGAAUGGUCUAUGUGCGGUAAUUCUGGACAAAUGCUUGAGUUUUCACACUUUGGUGCUUAUGGACAAAAUAAGUACCAUGGCAGACUGGGCUGAAGUAGAUUGAAGUCCCCUGAACAAGU